ACUCGUGUCCGUGUCCAUCAACAGUGCUUGCACAUAGCUCUGUUGUGAAAGGUAAUAAGAUUCUCAAGCCGUCAAGGAAAAGUGGAUCUGAAGAAUUCAGAGACUCCCACAAGUGUGUCUUAGUAUGUGGUGCAUCAUUGCAAGACAGACUUGAGAGGUAUUUCAUGAAUCUCUUUGACGAACGCUGCUGCUUUGAGAUGGACGACCUGGAAUACCUGUCAGGACUGCGAGGGCUGCACAAGAGAUUCGCAUAAGAGACCAGGUAUCGUUUAACCUUUAAACGGCACCAUGAGUGAGACACUGUGGGAAAGCUCUGGGGAGGCUGGUUCCUUCCCACACAGCAGCACUCAGCCCACCAAGUUGAAACCGCAGUCAACGUCUGGAUCACCCUGUGAGUCCCCAAGGAUGUCCCCCUGCAACUCUCCUCGAAACUCCCCCCGACACUCUCCUCUGCUGUUCCGCAAGCUCCUCAUGAAUCGCAGCAUCGCCCUGCAGAGGCGCUUCACCUUGGCACACACACCCAGUUUUGAUGUGGAGAAUGGCCUGUCGGUGGGACGCAGUCCACUGGACUCUCAGACUAGCCCGGGUUCUGGUCUGGUACUUCAGGCCAACUUCCCCCACAGUCAGCGCCGUGAGUCCUUCCUCUACCGCUCCGACUCAGACUUCGACCUUUCUCCCAAAACCAUGUCCCGCAACUCGUCCACUGCCAGCGACCUGCAUGGAGAGGACAUGAUAGUGACUCCGUUUGCACAGGUUCUUGCUAGUCUACGAACAGUGAGAAGUAACUUUGCUGUUCUGACCCAUCUGCAAGAUCGUGUGACAAACAAGCGGCCGUCGAGCAGCAACCAGCCAUCUAUGUGUAAACCAUGUCUCACAGAGGAGCCCUACCAGAAGCUGGCGGUGGAGACACUGGAAGAGCUGGACUGGUGUCUGGACCAGCUGGAGACGCUGCAGACGAGACACUCAGUCAGCGAGAUGGCAUCCAAUAAGUUCAAAAGGAUGCUGAACCGCGAGCUGACGCAGCUAUCAGAGACCAGCCGCUCAGGGAAUCAGGUGUCAGAGUUCAUCGCCAACACCUUCCUAGAGAAACAACAUGACGUGGAGAUCUUGUCUCCGCCUUCUAAGGAGAAGGAGAAGAAGAAAAGGCCGAUGUCACAGAUCAGUGGUGUGAAAAAGCCCACACAGAGCCCCAGCUUAGCACCCGCCUGCAUCCCCCGCUUUGGAGUCAGCACACCCCACGAGAGCCUGCUUGGCAAGGAGGUCGAGGACAUUAAUCGUUGGGGUCUGGAUAUAUUCAAGAUAGCAGAAUACUCUGGAAACCGCCCUCUGACGGUGAUCAUGUACUCCGUCUUCCAGGAACGGGACCUUCUGAAAACCUUUAAGAUCCCAAGUGACACCUUCAUCACCUUAAUGAUGACCUUGGAGGACCACUACCAUGCGGACGUAGCUUAUCACAACAACAUUCAUGCAGCUGAUGUGGUGCAGUCCACCCACGUCCUCCUGUCCACCCCUGCUUUAGAGGCGGUGUUCACAGACCUGGAGAUCAUGGCUGUUCUGUUUGCUAGUGCCAUCCAUGAUGUCGACCACCCAGGAGUCACAAACCAGUUUCUAAUAAACACAAGUUCAGAGCUAGCACUUAUGUACAACGAUGCCUCGGUGCUGGAGAAUCACCACCUCGCUGUGGGCUUCAAACUGCUGCAAGAAGACAACUGUGACAUCUUCCAAAACCUCAGCAAGAAACAAAGAGACUCCCUCCGCAAGAUGGUGAUCGACAUGGUGCUUGCCACAGAUAUGUCCAAACACAUGAACUUCUUGGCGGACAUGAAAACAAUGGUGGAGACCAAGAAGGUGACUAGUUUGGGAGUCCUGCUGCUAGACAACUACUCUGACCGCAUCCAGGUUCUGCAGAACAUGGUCCACUGUGCCGACCUGAGCAACCCAACCAAACCACUGGAGCUUUACCGCCAGUGGACGGACCGCAUCAUGGUGGAGUUCUUCACCCAGGGAGACCGAGAACGGGACAAGGGCAUGGAGAUCAGUCCCAUGUGUGACAAACACAACGCCUCCAUAGAGAAGACCCAGGUGGGCUUUAUCGACUACGUAGUCCACCCUCUGUGGGAGACAUGGGCCGACUUGGUGCACCCGGACGCCCAGGACAUCCUGGACACGCUGGAGGACAACAGGGAGUGGUACCAGAGCAUGAUCCCCCGCAGCCCGUCGCCCUCCAGCCCCGAGGAGCACCAUGCGGAGGUGAUGCCAGGAGGAGCAGCUGUGGGAGCAGGAGGGGCCGUCCCUUCAGGAGGAGGAGGAGGAGGAGGAGGAGGAGGGGACAAGUUCCAGUUUGAACUCACUCUGGAGGAAGAGGAGGAGGAUGAGGAGGAGUUGGAUUCUGACCUGGAGAGUCCCCUUGAGGAGGAUUCCCACUCAGGUGGGGAGCGGCAGCGGGACUCCUCCUCCCCCUCUUUGUCCCCAGACCCCCGCAGCAGCAGCAGCAGGUACCGUCCCCCCUCGCCUCACCCGUCUCGGACCCUGAAUCUGGCUGCCAUGUCGGUGCGGAGCCCCCACAGGACGCUGGCCUCCCCGGGACGGGAGGGCACCAACAGGGACAGAGAACUGAGCCAGGAGGGCGACGGGGUGGCGUGCCUGCGUAUGGGCACGUAACAACCAGCACAACCUGCCCCGCCUGAGAGACAUGAGCGCUGGAUGUGGAGAGACGGAGGCAGGGCAGGCCUUUACCAAUAAUGUCUGUAAAAUCACUACAGUCCCUUUACACUGGAGACACCCGCUCUGGAGAACAGAGGGACGUUUGCCUCUGUUUUAUUUUCUAUUUUAACGAGAAGAAUCAUUUCAGCCACCUUUGGGUGCCCGAUCGGCCUUUAUGUCCCGUCCUGCUUUGUUGUAGCUUCAGUUCAGAGUGUCCCAGACAAAGACCGCUGCAUUUUAACUGGGAAGAAAAGUGAUACUCUAACAAGAACAAAUGGUAAAGGAAAUGUCUUCCUCCAAAAAAAACUUUUUGUGACAUUCAGACAUGAGAAUGAAGAUCACGGUGGUCCGACAGGGUUUUGGAAAUUAUUUUGCACCAUAGUUUUAAUUUUAGGAUAUGAAAUUACUGAGUCCGGUGGGAAUAAGUGAGUAUGAUUUCUUUUUUUGAGAAUGAUGUGAGAGAUGAAUCAUUUUACCAAAUACAAGAUGUAGAUGAGAGAGAAGCGAUGGACCUAAACCUCAGGGUAUGAAGAGAAACAAAUCUAAUGUAGCACGGAUGUAGUGGGUACCCCUGACCUGACCCUCCACCCCAAACUGUCUUUCCUGUUUGAUUUACCUCCAAACCAGAGACAACUGAGACUUUGUUCGACCUGCGUGUCUCUACAUUUGAUUAAAACCCUUUAAUAGAAAAUUUGGCAACUGAAGCAAUCAAAUAAUAUAUAUUUAAACCAGCUUGUAGCACCACAGAGAUUGAACACUGAAGAAGACUGCGCCACAGUCUCACCUGUUGAAAGUGAAAAAAGACACCACCUGUAUAAUUGGUCUGGGCUUUAUUUUUUUACCUGAGAUGAUUUUAAAUGGUGUCAUUGUUUUAGGGUUUUGAACAGUUCUUUGUUGUACAUUUGCUGGUCUUGUCUGUGUUUAUGUGCUUGAAAAGCAUUUUUUAUCAGGGUGCCUCCGGUCCGCAGUAGCACUUUACCGUCUCUGCCCUUCAGCUCUUCUAUUCAGUCACACAAAGGGCUUCGUCCACUGUAGGCCUACUGAUCACACAGACACAGCACAGGACGUCUGACUCCAGGUACCAGUAGGCGGGGCAGGAACACGCACUGGUUGGUUGAUUCAGAAUUUCACAAACUAAUUUAGCCAACAACAACUUUCACAACCUUCUGGUGGUCUGAUAAUUUUGGAAUUAUAAGACUCCUUCUGUUUUAUGAGAAGCUUUAUUUGAGUUGAGCUGCAACGAUUAGUUGUUUAUCAGUUAGCUGAUUAACAGAAAAUUAAUUGGCAACUAUUUUGACAUUCAAAUAAUCAUUUUGGCCAAGCAUUUGCUGGUUUUAUGCUUCAUAAAUGUGAGAAUUUGAUGCUUUUCUUUGUCAUAGAUGACAAUACACCAAAUAGCUUUGGAUUUAUGGGCUAAUGGUCAGAUAAAACAAACCAAUUGAAGACAUCACCUUUGGCUCUUGGACAUUAGCCAAUGGCAGGCAGUGAUUUUGCCAGUCAGGACAUGCUCCUGGAUCAGCAUCCCUCAUGGCAUUUCUAGACCAACAUUGCGAUCAACCAAUCACAGCCCUCUGACAUCAUCAGUGUGCUGCUCCUGUGCUUCUUUCAAAAUUCCUUUGUGCUUCUUCAGAGCAAACCUCGUUUUCCAAAUUGAAGUUAGUACAAUUGAACAAAAUCCUCAGUAACAUUGAAGAAAAACCUUGUAAGCUACUGCAGGGUUAGCGAGUUAGCUUGUUAAGUAGGUAGGCUAUGCCAACGAGUAAACUUGACAAUAGGCUAAAAUAUUGUUCAUUGACAUUAAAAGGAAGGAUAAAAGCAUUUUGCAGUUGCAAAGACCUGUAAAGGACACAUUUUCCCUCCUUUUUAAAAGCCUAUUCAAACCUUUUUGCAAGAUUGCCAUGAUGAUGAUGACGAUGGUCCUGGAUAAACUUAACCAAAUCUAUCCAGGAUCAACAUGGAAAAAAGGAGGGAAAAUGUGUGAACCACAGGAAUUUGUAACUGAAAAAUACCAUUAUCGUUAUUCUUUGUUAGUCAGCAGCUUACUUGUUAGCAUAGCCUACCUACUGAGCAAGUUAACUUGCUAACAUUCAAGCCUAUUGGCAAGCUUACUUGUUAGCUUAGCCUACCUAGUUAGCAAGCUAACUCACUAACCCUAGAGUAGCUUAAGGUUUUUGUUCAGUGUUGCUGAGGAUUUUAUUUAAUUGUAUUAACUUCACUUUGGGAAACUAGCUUAGCUCUGAAGAAGCAUAAAGGGAGUUUGAAAGCACACUGAUGAUGUCAGAGGGCUGUGAUUGGUUGAUUGCAAUCUUGGCCCUGGAGUUCUAUGAGGGAAGUUGAUCCAGGAGCGUGUCCUCCUUGGCAAAAUCAUGGCGUGCUUCUAAGGUAGGUGUUUAGUUACUUUCUGACAUUUUAUUUACAAGAUGAUAAAUCAACACAAUAACGAGCAGAUUAAUUGAUAAUGAAACAAAGCAUUAGUUACAGCCUUAGAAAAGAGCUCUGUGCAAACUGACUGCCCCUUUAUUACCAAAUACAAGUGCAACCAAUAAAUCCACCUGGGCUGCAUCUCUCUCUUUAAGGCAAACUUAAAACUGCAUUGUUCUCUGAAAACAUCUGAAGCUCGAUAUUGGGAAUCUUCCUGACAAAAAACAGCAGCCUUUCUGAAUCUGAAAAGUCUUUUUCAGAGUCUUGAUGCCUCUGCUUUUGUAUCCACUACUCAGUGUUUUGGAACUUGAAUUGAUAAGUGGUCCCAGUUAUGCUCAUACAUAGCCUCACCUACAAAUUGAUAAAAGCCUGCUCUUCUUCCUCAAAGCUUUAAGGAUAUUGCAGGUGUACUUAUAUAUUUUUCCUGUUGUCAACAGAUCCCAUGAAAAGACCAAAACUGUCUCUCAAUAUAUUUACGACUUCCCAUUUCCAUCUGUGGUCUCAACCCAAAUAUUAUUGUUCCUCCAGGGAUGUAAAUCAUUUAAAACGUGUCACAAAUAUAUUUAUUUUCAUUUUUUUAAAAGGGAAUUUUACUUUUUAGCAAACAUGACUCAAUCAGCAGUAAUUCACACAUUAACACACCUUAGUUGUAUGUUGGGUAAAUCCAAACCAGACUACAGUGCACACGUUCAUAAUGAAGGAGUCUCUUAGUGCAAUAUUGUGGCUCACUGGUGUGUUUUUUUUGCACAACAGUGGAGUUCUAUGGCACAGAUAAGCUGCUACACAGUCAGUAUUUGGUAGUUUGAUCAGUUCAUUGUGGGUUUUUGUCUUUUCAUGGGCUCAAUAAGGAAAAAUAUGUAAUGUCACCACAUUUAUCCUUUAAUCGGGACCUGUCAUUAUUUCCUCACCUACAAGUUAAAAUUAUGUGAGCUAGAAAAGCUCUUCAAUACUCAAACCUCAAGUGAAUAUGAUUGUUCCUUUUCUUGAACAUUUCACACAGAAGUUAAACAUUAGCCCGAGUUGAAGGCCUGUCUGCUAUUUUAAAUGUUUUCUGUAGGGAUCUUAUAAUUCCAAUCAGUCACCGUGGUGUUACUGUCCCGCCCUGCCGACAGGAUCUGAUGUAGAGAUCAGAAGGUGCUGACAGGAAUGAAUCGGAUCAAACAAACUAGAUUGUGUUCCAUCAGGUUAUCAGUCUUAUUUGAUAGAUCGACUGGGAUAACUGUGUGCCAUAAGUGUUUAAAACACACCAACACCUGCCAGCCUACGAUGCUGUACAUUUUUACACUAGAGAUUUUAACCUGAUGAUUGUAUCAAAGUCACUGACUUUAUAGUGUUAGUUUUUACGAAUGAUACGUGUUAACAGUAUUUAAAGCAGACCAUUUAUUAGAUUUUUGUGCAGCUCAUGAUCAGUCCGUUCAGCCCUUUCCUUAAUCAGAUAGCUGAGACUCGAGAAUGUGUGUGUAGUUUUCAGGAGUCCAUGUUCAGUCUAGAGCAGUGUUUGUUGCCAUCACUGAGGUAGAGAGACCAGGAAGCAAACGAGCACUACACGAAGAGAUGAUGCACUUCCUGGUCCGGCAGUCUUAGAAAACACUAGUCUAACAGUAUUUCAUUAACUCAGCUAGUAAGCUUUAUCGAUCAGCCUUACAUGUGAUGGGAGCGGCUAGAGCCUAGUGUUAAAGGACCAUUGUGCUGUUUUUAACAUGCCGAGCCUCAGAGUGGUGUUUCAGCUACAUUUCUGGAAAACUAGAAGAAGCAAGGAGACUGCUCUCAAAGAAUCAGAGUACAUAUAAAUCUUAAAUUUCUUAUUACAGCAGCAAUAUUCUGCUUCUGUCCUUACACAUAUUCUAAAAAUAUUUUGCUGGUUACACACUUUACUUAGCUUCCAGUGUCAAAACCCCUUAAAACUCCAUGAUGAAAAUGCCAGAGCGUUUGGAUGUUCUGAUUACUCACGGACCUCGCCUCAUCGACAGGCCAAAGUUUAUACUUGCACACAAGAAAUGACAGAAAAGGCUUUUUGUUUUCUGAUCCUUGUGGCCUUUUAUGUAAUAAAUCUUUUUGUUUGUUUGUUUUUAUACAUGAAAGACUUGUGCAGUAAUGAAGGUUGCAUCCUUUCUGAAAAGUUGCUCUGCAAUCAUCCACGUAGCUUCCUCUUCCUUUCCUAGUUUUGGGUCUUGGUACCAAAUGUAUCUAAUAUUUAAUAGUGUGCUCAGUAUAAACCUCAAGUCCACCCAUCAAACUCAAGCUCUUUUAAUUCAGAUGGCUGGUAUGCAGGUACAGUACCUGUUAAACGCUGGUUAAAAAGCACAUUUACUUUAACUGCAGUAGAUAAAGGAAACAGUUAGAAGUCAGCACUUUGUAUAAUAUUUUAAAAUAUGAAGCUGCUGUUAUUCAAAAAUGAUGAAGGACAAAGAAAAUUAUUCUUCCUCUUUUAAAACCUCUGAUUCUUAAGAUUUAUGUGAAACUUCUGUCUUUAGGAAGUAUGUUCUUAAUACAGUUUAUAUCAUGGAAGUCAUGUAAAUUACAUUACAUGCCUCCCUUUGUGUGACGGCUUUAACACAGCAGCUGUAUGUUAGCUCUCCUGCAACACAGGAACUGAUGAGUUUUAAUUUUUCCUGUUAGUAUUGAACACACUGAAGCAGUGACAGUCACCAUGGCUGAAGAGGAAAACAAUGCACAACAUAAAGUCAAGUACAAAUCAAUCAUUUGAAGCCCUUAUUAUAAAAAUUCCUCCAUUUUGAAUGAAGAAAACAUGUCGCAUUCAUGUGAAAAAAAUGCUUAACAUGCAAAUCAGCACUGCAUUUUCAUCAUGUGGGAUUACUGUGGAUUUGAAACAUGUAACGACGCCUGAUUUCAGUUUCCAGUCAGCUGAAUGUAGCUCAGUUUGGAGGCGUUCACAUCGGCAUGUUAAAACACAGCAGCGUGGCCCCUUACAAGAAGACAUCGGUGCCAUACAGUGUUAAAUGUGUUGACGAGCAGGAGAGUCGCUGCUCCCUCUCCGUUAUUGUGUCGCGCUGAUACUGCCACCAUUAAUGUUAAUGCCGUUUCCUCAGCCUCUGUGUCGUGCAAACUUCUAUAAAAGAUAUUUAUUCUCCAAACAUGUCUGUCCGGACAAAGUACUGUAACAUAGGACUUUUGAGUUUAUGUUCUGGAGCCUAAAAAUCAAGUAUGCUUUACAAAUGUACGCCUGCCACUCCAAUGUUUUUGUCAAAGAAAAUAAAAACUAUAUUUUUGUUUCUCAUUCUAAGCCAAAAGACUCU